UGUAAGUGUAAGACUGUAUGUGUAGUGGUAUGAACUCAAGUAGUUAUGUAUGUAUUGCUUAUCAUUAAUAUUAUUAGUUGUCAUUUGUAAAAUAUGGUUCUUGUGUUAAAUGUAUAUCAAAAUAUAUUUGUAUAUAGUAUUGUGCAAUGAUGCCAACUUGAACAUCACGUAGACCUGUAGACGCUGGCGGGUGACGCUAGAGGGCGAUCGUGAGCCGCAGGACAUAGAGCUUAAUUUAUAUAUGAAGAAGCCACUCUGGCAGUCACUGAUAAACAGUUGAAAACAACUAAUUCCUAUCUCUGUUUAUGUGUUUUUACAGCAAUAAAACAAUAUAUGUGCCACCAGAAGUCUCCGCCUCUUCUGUGUGUGCAACAUCAUGGCGAGCCAGCCAGGAGAGGACUGCUGAUUGGAUGUGAGAGAGACAGUUCCUCCCUGAGACGAACCUAGAAAUAACAGAAGAUUCAUCAAUAGAGAAUAAAGUACAUUAUAGAGACUUAAUUCAAACAAACAAACAAAAAAAAAAUGGAACAACUUCAAGACUGCGUUAGUUCCAAGUUUCUAAUGCUAGAGAAGCAUGAUCUGAUAAAAGUCUGCCUCCAUCUGAAGUGCAGCGAGCCAUCGGGUGAAGGUUUCCCAGGCCAAACGAGGCGAGCGCUGAUAAGGCUGGCAGAGGGAACAUUGGAUGAAAUUGAGGAAAGUUUAGAAGAGGAACAAUAUGCAGAGAGCCUUAAUGAACUUCUGUGCUUCAUCGAGUCCCUUAAGGAACCAGCCGAGCUCAAAGUGUCACCAGUAACCCAGUCUGAGAUAGAGAAGCUAAGAAAAGAGUAUGCAGAACUACAGCAGACUCAUGCAAAUGCUCGUCGUGCAUUAGAGGAACAGAUUGGGCUACUUGAAGAAAAACAACAGAGAGGAAAAGAUAAAAUGAGUGUGAAAGAGCAAGCCACCAGACACGAACCGAUUCCUGAAGUUACUCUGAGGAGGGAAUUCCGAGUCUUCGGACAGAUUGGAGAGGCUGGUCAAAAGGAAAAAUUAUCAUACACUAGCCUCAACAACCAGAUUGAAUCAGGAGUGAGAAAGGGGUACGCAGAGGCGGAAAUCAUUGAAGCAGUUAUCAGAGCAGUGAGUCCUGGCCUUCCCCUCAGAGAACUCCUUGAAAUCAAGCGAGACCUCACACUUUCUACAUUAAAGACCAUCCUCAGAGGACAUUAUAAAAUAGACUCUUCAUCAGAUCUACUGCACAGGCUCAUGAACAUCUCUCAGGAACCCAAGGAGUCUGCUCAAAGUUUUCUGUUCCGAGCCAUUGAACUGAGGGAGAAACUACUGUGGACAUCUGGAGAUGAGCAUGAUGGAGAACAGUUUAGCCCUGAGCUCAUCCAACGAAAGUUCCUUCGCUCUGUGGAGACAGGCCUUCUAAACGAUGCGGUUAAGUUCCAAGUCAAACCAUACCUCAGUGAUCCUAAAGUAGCAGAUGAAGUGUUGAUUGAGAAAAUCGGUGAAGCUGCUAAUCUGGAAUUGGAGAGACAAACAAAGUUAAAGAAAGCAGUGACUCCAAAGCCUCUUAGACUAAGUGAAGUUCGAGCAGUAGAACACAUCUGCAACACUGAGCAACAUUCGAGCAGCGAGAUGGAGACUCAAGGACAGAGGAAAGAGACAUUAAUGAAAGACAUUAUCACUGGCAAAGACAAGAAGAAACAGAUACAAAGCAAAGAGACUAACAAUGACACUGCUAAAGCAAUUGAAGACCUCAGAGCAAACGUUAUGGAAAUGACCAAAAUGUUCAGAGAGACAAUGGAAGCGACCAGAUCACAGUUUCACCCUCCCAUGACCCCACUUCGAACUGAGAGGAGACCCAAAGGCUGCCGUUCAUGUCAGGAGGCCCAAAGAGGUGAAGAGUGCAGGCACUGUUAUCGCUGCGGACAAGAUGGACAUCUGUCACGGGGCUGUCGACAACGGAGGCCCGCAUCGGGAAACGGGAGGGGACUGCUGAGCUGGACCCCCCAGUAG